CGGCCGAGCCGGCUACCGCUCACACGGCCACAGAGGGCGCGCUGCCGCAGACCGGCCGAGAACCCCGGAGCCAGCCGAGCCGGACACCCCCGGAGGGGAGCAAUGAGGUAGCGGCGGUCCCCGGAGCGGACGAUGCGCGCGUCCUGCCCUCAGAGCCCCUCGCUAUCCUGGCCCAGCCGGCCGAGCGCGAGCCCCCCGCGUCCCCUCGGAGCGAGGAUGCAGUGAGCCACGGGACCGCCGUGCCUGGCCCGCCGCGGCCAGCCGGAGCCCUCGGACCGCGCUGGGGGCAAGCUGCUCGUUCCGGGGGACCAGCCCAGCCCAGCCCAGGGGCUCGCUGACAGCCACUGGGUGUGGGGAGCACCGGCCCCUGGGCGCACUGCUGUAGUUUCUGUGGCUCCUGGCCCCGGCCCAAGACUUCUCUGUGUGUGUCACGUUCGCUGAAGAAGAGUUCCUGCUUUUUUUCUUUUUUCUUUUUUUCCUCUCACCAUCCCGAGCGCUUUGGCCGAGCGGGCCAACCUAUCCCCCCCCCCCCCCUUGUAGGCACCCAUCUGGCUUUUUUUUCUAAAAUCUUUUCAGCUCCGCUUCCUCUCAUUUUGAUGCUUGUCUGCGACUUUUGUCCUGGUCUUUCUUAUCAAGGCUUCUCCAAUACUCUUUUUUUCUCUGUGUUUGUGUGUGUGUUUGCACACUAGAAGCUGAUUUUUUUUUUUCUUUUCUUUCUAAAAUUCGACCCCUGCGGGGUUCUCAGGCACUUUCUGGAUCUCUUCUCCUGCCUCCGCCUCUCUGGGCUCCCAGUACGAGUUUUAUUUUCCGGGGCUUGCACGGGCCAAGCGCAGCCGGGGCCGGUGGCUCGGCGGGGCUCGGACCCCGCGCUCGGCCGCCGCCGUCCGGCCGCUCCCGGGCGUCCUCCGGAGAUGCUACCGUGGAAGAAGCACAAGUUCGAGCUGCUGGCCGAGGCGCCGCCGCGGCAGGCGUCCAAGCCUAAGGGCUACGCCGUGAGCCUGCACUACUCGGCGCUCAGCUCCUUGGCCAGGGCCUGCCCGGAAGGCGCGCUCAGCCGAGUGGGCAGCAUGUUCCGCUCCAAGCGCAAGAAGCUUCACAUCACCAGCGAGGACCCUACGUACACUGUGCUCUACCUGGGGAACGCCACCACCAUCCAGGCGCGCGGCGACGGCUGCACCGACCUGGCGGUGGGCAAGAUCUGGAGCAAGAGCGAGGCAGGCCGUCAGGGCACCAAGAUGAAGCUGACCGUGAGCGCGCAGGGCAUCCGCAUGGUGCACGCCGAGGAGCGAGCGCUGCGGCGUCCCGGCCACCUCUACCUGCUGCACCGCGUCACCUACUGCGUGGCUGACGCGCGGCUGCCCAAAGUCUUCGCCUGGGUCUACCGACAUGAACUGAAGCACAAGGCUGUGAUGCUUCGCUGCCACGCGGUGCUCGUGUCCAAGCCGGAGAAGGCUCAGGCCAUGGCCCUGCUGCUCUACCAGACGUCGGCCAACGCUCUGGCGGAGUUCAAACGCCUCAAGCGGCGGGACGACGCGCGUCACCAGCAGCAGGAGUUGGUGGGUGCAGACACCAUCCCGCUGGUGCCCUUGCGCAAGCUGCUCCUGCACGGACCUUGCUGCUACAAGCCGCCGGUGGAGCGCAGCCGCAGCGCUCCCAAGCUGGGCUCGAUCACCGAGGACCUGCUUGGGGAACAGCAGGAGGAGGAGGAGCUGCAGGAGGAAGAAGAAGAGGAGCACCUCGAGGGCUGCCUGGAGGAGGAGGAGGAGGAGGAGGAGGAGGAGGAGGACCAUGUGGGGGAUGGGGAUCCAGCAGACCAGGAGGCUGAAGCGCAGAGGGCGCUGGUGGUGACUAUGCACUUGGAAUGUGGGGACUUGCUGGACCCGCUGGAGAAUGGCCACGAGGAGGCGUUGGGGGACAGCGGGGUCUCCUUGGGCCCCAGCUCAGGGACAUCGCCUCCUCUGCCAGGCUGUGCCUCGGACAUGAAGGCCCAACUGUCGCAGCUUAUUAGUGACCUGGGCGAUCUUAGCUUUGGCAAUGACGUGAGCACCCUGGAGUCCAAUUUAAGGGUGACACGCCUGCUGUCGGGCGAGAGCACCGGCAGUGAGAGCUCCAUCGAGGGCGGGGGCCUGGAUGCCACCUCGGCCACCCUUGGGGACCCAGCCUGCCCUGCUGACAGCGCUGGCCUAGAUGAGCCCUACUCGGGCUAAGCUACCAAAAGACUUCUCCAUGCCCCUGGCACCCCACAGUGGCUCCCCACCGGCAGUUCUAUCCGCCCUAACCUCCAGGAAAGGGAAAAUUACGGACCCGAGUGAGGUCCAGACCCGAAUUUGGAGUUUCAUGGGCCUGCUUCUCUGCCACUUCCUGCCCCUGCCUCGGGUUGUGAGCAGGGAGAUGUGGAAGGAGAGAAGCGCCACAAAGGAAAAGAGACAGGUUCUCUGGGGUUGGCGAGGAUGUGGGAAGUGGCUGAAGUUGGAAAAGGCCAAGGGCGGGCUGGAGGUACCCAGCAGCCAGUUUCCUGUUUGUGAGGCAGCUGGGGCUUGGGAAGGAGGGGUUAACUUCCUCUCCAGAUCCCCCUGACUGGAAGGCCUCUCUUGUCAUCAAUAACUCAUUAACAAAGUCAUUCUCGUUAUGUUGGAGGCUUUCAUGUCACUUACCUGCCCCCAGUUCUUUGGGAUAUGAGAGCUUGGGCUGUUUACCUCAGACUCAAACUCUUGAAAGUAUGCCAAAUUUCUCAAAUAACUCUUGGGGGUUGGGGGGGCAGGGUAUGAAAGUUGUGUUUUGUUUACAGUCAAAGACACCUAAUAUUUUUUAAAGGAAUUUUCCUUUAGAAAUACACCUUCCUCCUGCUCCAAAGCUUCUACUCCAUGAUGCUGUGUAAAAUACUUUUGCACUGUUGUGAAGUAUUUUUGACUUUUUUUUUUUUUUGUACAUAACUGUGUUCUCAGAGUUGAAUGUCUAUCUUUUGCUGUGCAAAAGAUCCUUGUAAAAUGUUGUUCAGUUGUAUAUACGGAAAUGUGUAUAAAACAUUUUGUUAUUUUUGGGUUUUUUUUUUUUUUUUUGAGCAGUUUUGUUUUGGUUCUGUAUGCAUGUCAGUGGGGUGAGAAUAAAGAGGAAAG